AUGGCCACAUUCGUGCGAACACUAACGCGGAGAGAUUCGGAAUACUUUCUUUCUUUCUUUCUGUUUUUUUUAAAUACUUCUUUUGGAAUCUUCGAGUCGAUGAAAAUGAACGUACCAGACAACAUAUGGUUGGAUGCCAGCGAGCCUUUGCUGGGUGAAACGCGACUCUCGUGGAGAAACUCGACGAGUUCCGUGAUGUCUAUUUUCCCGCGUGGGAAGCUGCUGCUGGAGGUCCUCAUGGUGCUCAUGUGUGUCGGCGCGGUCACUGGAAAUAUCCUGGUCAUCAUGAUUGUGGUGGCAACAAAGACAUUCCACUGUAUGACGUCUGUGCUCAUUAUUAAUUUGGCAAUCAGUGACUUCCUGGUUGGCAUUGGUGUCAUGCCAUUCGUGGCCGUUUCUAUCAUGAAUAACGGAUGGGUGAACUGCACUGAUUUAUGUCUUUACGUGGGUUACACCUCCUCAGUCUACUGCAGUGCUUCAGUUCUAACACUUGCAGCUAUUGCUUUGGAUCGCUAUUACUCCAUUGUGGACUGUCUGCGCUAUAAUUCACGCUGUACUGCAUGGCGAACUGGUGCAGCUGUACUAUGGAUAUGGCUGCAGGCCAUGCUCACCAGUUGUCCACCUCUCUUUGGCUGGAGUAACAUCAGCUUUGUGAGGCCUAUGUAUAGCUGUGCUGUCAACUGGGCUAGCAGUCCCAGCUAUACAGGCUUCAUGGCGGCCCUCUGCUUUCUCCUUCCAGCUAUAGUCAUUCUCUUUUGCUAUGUGAAGAUUGUGCGAGUGGCCCAGCACCAUGCUCAGAGGAUCCACAGCCUUCAGCAGCAUUUUCAACACAGCAGGGGCGACCACAUAUCCCCACCGUUUGAAUCAUCCCACCAGUGUUCAGCUGCGGACCUGGAAAUGCAUGACCCAUCCAGGCUUGUGUACUAUGUAAGUGGGAGGUUUGUAUCAGAAUCUCAAUUCAAUGUUCCUCAUACUGAAGCAGAUCUGGCUGGUGAACCAACUUCACAACUUGAAGGGAAAAGCAGCUCCAGACAUUCCAGUCGACUUCUGCAUACCUUCCUUGCUCAUUUCCAGAGUGGUAGCACUCUGCAGAACAGUCAUCCCCAGCAACAUGGUGUUGUGAGACUGUUCAUGGUCAUUGCUGCUUUCUUCUUGUGCUGGACACCUUACAUUGGAGUUGCCCUGGUGCAGGCCACAGAGACUGCCCUCUCCCGAUCAGCGAGCCAGGUGCCACCUGCUGCUGUCACUUUCUCAUACUGGCUUGUGCUGUUCAACUCCGACAUCAACCCAUUACUGUAUGCUCUACUCAGCAAGCGAUUCCAGGGGGCAUUGAAGAACCUCAGAAAGAAGAUGCAGGCCAGGUUUGGUAUGGUUCAAAGGAUAGAAGAGGGAAGAACAGAUGGAGAAGGGGGAAGGUUGACAACUCCCAAUAAUGUCACAGAUCAGCAUCGCCAAGAUAUUGGACCCCAUCAGAAUGGGUCUGUGUACUCCUCUGUUUUUACAAUGAAUACGACUUUUCCCAAAAGCUAUAAGCAAGAAGCAAACGAAGUCCUUCUACCAGGGAGUAUGUUAUCGUCAUCUUCCUUUUCUACAUCUUCCUCGUCUCUUUCCCUUUGUCAUAAGUGCAGCAAAAAUACGCCAGGAAAGUCAGACUGCCUGCAGGUUCCCUCCAAGCCACCAGGGUGGGACAAACUACACAGUACCUCUGUAAUCAACGAGAGACAUGCAACUUUUUUUUAUGGACAGAUUGCAGUACGAGUGGAACAGGAAAUUAGCUGAGCCUGCAUCGGAGGGUUUGACUACAGACAAGCUGGAAAUGAACCUGCGUGGUACUUGAACUAUUGUAUUUUAGGAGUUAAUUGCAUUUGUGCAUCUGGUUGCUUGCAAUGAUAUUUGACUGUAAAUUAUUAUUAUUUAUGCAGAAUUUAAUAUUAUAGUUUAAUUUGGUUUGCAUCCCAGUUUAGCUUAUGACACAAAUACUAAUAAAUAAAUAAAUAAAUAAAUAAAUAAAUAAACUGAAAUAAAUAACUGGCAAUCCAAAGCUUUAUAAAAGGUGUUUUAUGUCAUGACAGACUAAUGGGAAAAAAAAAAAAAAAAAGGUAGCUUUUAUUAAUGUUACUAAGACUGAAAUAUUACUAUGUAAUUAAAAGCCUGUUUUUGUGAAAGUAUGCUUGGGUGUGUGGUUACGUGAAAUACAUCCUUAAAUAAAGCAUUGAACAAAUAAGACUUUGUUCUUGUAUGCCCUGUAACAUCUAGUCAACCUGAACACUAAUAAUAUUAACAGUUAUUAGUAAAACAUAACACAUCUGAUUUAAAAAAAAAAAAAAAAAAGUUUGGAGUAAUUAAGUUAUGAAAGAAACGAAGAGAUAGACAAUAAUGGGGCUUACUAAUAGACAGAGGGCAACAGUUUGAGGCAGUGAUGUAGUGGAGUGGAAAUGAUAGGGGUUGCUAUCAUUAAUGAGUUGUAUUCAGUGGAGUGUGAUCUCAUUUUAUAUGUAAAGCUGAUUACUGAUUCAGUUUACCUCAUUAUUACAAAAUGAGCAUGUCCAAGUCCAAGAAGUGCUAUCAAAAUCUUCUCCCAUUCCAAGAACUGGAAUAAGACUUGCCAUUCAUAAGAAAAAGGUUCAACCCCUUUAAAGUUUCAAGCAUUUUUUGUAUUUUGAAUUAUAUUUACACAUUUUUUCAAUCAGUAUUUCUAAAUGGAACUCAAAACGUUUCAAACCCAAAAUAAGUUACACUAUGUAGUCAAAUACACUAUGUAGACAGGGUUAAAGAGCAUUUCUGUGUGGAGAAUAGCCUGCCUAAGAAGAAGGUUCGGUGUUUUUCCAACAACAAACCCUGGGUGACUCCAGAGCUCAAAGCUCUGUUAAAGGAAAAAAGAGACUGUUCGGAUCGGGGGACAAAGAUGAGCUGAGGAGGGUUCAAAAACAACUCAGAGGGGAGAUAAGGAAAGGAAAAGACAGUGGGUAUCACAUUGGACACUAUGGUAGCAUCUGCUAUCUUCUAUGCAGUAGUUUGCUGGGGAGUUGAGUGCACAGAGAGGGACAGGAAACGCCUCAACAAACUGGUCAAGAGGGCUAGCUCUGUCCUGGUCUACCCUCUGGACAACUUAGA